UAGCGUAAUUGUCAAAUCCCAAACGCAAACGGUUGUUGUUGUUGUUAAGUAGCCGAAGCACGCUUGUAAAAUUGUUUAUUUUGGUUACAAAGACUGGCGACCCUCUAGACUCUAGAUCUAAUGUAAUUAAUGGCAUUUCAAAUCAUAUCAGCCUGAUUAACACGUUUAACUGAUCACAGUAUCAAAACUGCAGUAAUUCCUAGUAUUUAUUACCUGAUAAGCCACAUGAUGGUCACAAAAUUUACCUUUCAAAUUUUUUGACGUAAACUAGUAAUUAGCUGUUAGCAGGAAUUAGAUUCCAUCGGCGAGAUAAACGUCGGUUCGGCCAAUAUGGGUGACCCUCCGAAUGCUAUUGUCCUCUCCGGCGGUCGAAUAAACCCAUAUUCAGAAAAAGCGCGAGCCCGACAGCUGCCUGAGCACCAGUCAUCCCACAAUCAUUUCGAACUGCUGGGCGAUCAUGGAGGCAAUAGCGAACUCGAUUUUCUGCCCAGCUAUGAGCGCCUGCUGCAGGAUAAACAGAAGCUCUUCCUUCUGCAUCAGCGCGAAAGCCGCUCGUUUUCCGUCUCGCAGCAGAUCCUGGCUGCUGCGCCCUCAUCGGAGAUGAUCAGUACGCAUUCCCUGGAAGAUCAGACGGCCGAAGACCACGAAGGUGACUGCGAAUUCUACUGGAAUGCUCUGAAUGCAGCGCGAGCGGGUGGCGCAGCGCUGCAGGGGCUAUCAAGGUUGGACAUGGAAGUCGCAUCCGACAUCCUUGAUCUCGAGCUGGCCAGACCAAGAAAACUGAAAUCCGGCCACUGGAUGUGGUCAGACAGAAUGGAAAUACGUGCAGCUGGAACGUCGACCUGGAUAAUGGUGGAUGUGCACAUUGACAGCCGAAAGGUCAUGUUCUUAACCAUCACUCUACCGAAAGAAGUUAUGGGUAUCAUCUGCAUCAACGAUGCGAAAGCCAAAACACCAUGGAAGAUCUGGGUUAGCGAAGCUAAUCGUCGCAUUGACUUGCGCGUCAAAGAGCGUGAAUACCUUUCGCCUCGGGUGAUGGUAAUCGAAUUGCGCUCCUCCACUCAUCAAAAACGUGAGGAGUUUCUGAGAAUUUUUAACGAUUUCAGACGGAUUAAUGCUCUGUGAUCUGUGCUAUCACCGUUAACGUUAACGAACAAUAACACUAGUUAGGCUAACCGCUGCUUCAUUUUAAUUGUUGAUCAUUUCGACGAGGGAUGAGUGCAACUGUCACCAUCCAAGAAUUCUAUAAAUUCCGCAUUAUAAAUAUAUUUUAAGCUUUAAAAACAAACCACGCAAGUUUUCACAGAGCAUUACAUACUGCUGCAAGUUUAUUCUUUUUCCUACUCGUAACGGCAAAAACUGCCCAAACUA